GUUCCUGCACAGCAUUUCGAUGCGGCUCUGCUGUCGAUGGUCCUGCGGGCGCUCCGCAGCAAAGAUCAACGGCGGUCCAUGCUCCGACGCGCAGCAAAGAGCGUCCGCCCAGGCGGCUUGGUGGUGGUCGUAGAGCGGACGCCGCUGGAGAGCAUGACCGAUACCCGCUUUGAGGACGGUUUCUGGACAAAGAUCCGGCUGCGUCCGGGACGGCUGCUGAAAAGCCUACGGGGCACGCAG